UCCUAUACAACAUUUCUAGUAGUUCCCGACCGCGGCUCCUCACGGAAAACCUAUGAAUCCGUACGGCUUAUUAUGAAACACUGUCAUCUCUAACCUAUACAAAUAUUUUAAAAACUCAAAAAUGGUUAUCAAGUAGCUUUUAUCAGUGUUAAUUCUUAGAUUUUUAUAGUAAAUAGUGAUGAGCGGCACUGUUCUUGUGGAAGCGACGAGUUCGUCCGGCCUAGAUGAGGAAGAAGACUUCUAUACAUUCAAGGAAGAGCCGUGUUCACCGUCGUCUGGUGGUUCCCCGGAGCAGAGCUACCAGGCGGCGGAUAGCGCCAGCGGGGCGGCGGGCAAGGCGGCGUCGCCGUGCCGCGUGUGCGGCGACAAGGCCUCCGGGUAUCACUACGGAGUCACCUCCUGUGAGGGGUGUAAGGGAUUCUUCAGGCGUAGUAUUCAGAAGCAGAUUGAGUACCGCUGCUUGCGAGACGGCAAGUGUCUCGUGAUCCGACUGAAUCGCAACCGGUGCCAAUACUGCCGGUUUAAAAAGUGCCUGGCAGUUGGCAUGAGCAGAGAUUCCGUGCGGUACGGAAGAGUCCCCAAACGCGUUCGAGAACCCCGUGAGGAAGCAGUAGCGGCGCCGGCGAGCAGCACGAGUCUUAGCAGCGUGAGCAGCGCAAGCAGCAUGAGCAGCGGCAUGGAGGCGCAGCCCGAGGCUGUCCGUGAGGGCGUGGCCAGGGAGAUCGCCGUGGACGUGGUGGCCGCCCAUCGCGCCCACAACUCGUACACCGAUGAGCUGAAGUGUACCCUGACUCGCCACGACGUGGUCGUCCAGCCCGAGGGCGACGUCGACCGCGCCAAUGAAGGCGAGGAGGCGGCGAGUUCCAGCACGGACGCGCCCAAGACGAAGUCUCUGCUGUGGGCGGCCAUGGCGGUGCGCAUGACGCCGGCGAUCCAGCAGGUGGUGGAGUUCGCCAAGAAGCUGCCCGGCUUCUAUCUGCUGCCUCAAGAUGACCAGCUCAUUCUGAUUAAGCUGGGUUUCUUCGAGGUGUGGGUGACCCGCGCCGCGCGCUUCGCCUCGGCCAACCAGCUGGUCUUCGACGACGGCUCCGUGUUCUACCAGUACCAGCUGGAGACUGCUUAUGGUGAUGCCGGCCUAGCCGCCGCGCAGAUCGCGUACAUGCGUACAGUGAACAACCUGCAGCUCACGGAGGACGAGGUCGGUCUGCUCUGCGGCGCCCUGCUGCUGAGCCCCUCCCGCGUCGGGCUCACCGACAUGCAGCGCAUGGACAUGCUGCAUGACAUCAUGCUCGAUGCGCUCAAGUACUGCUUAUCAGCGGGCGGCACGACCAGCACGACCCCGGACCGCAUGGAGGCGGUGCUGGCGGCCAUCGCCGAGGCGCGGCAGCUGAGCGCGCGGUUCCACCAGGCCCUGGACUGGUGCCGCGACCACUGGCAGCUGCUCGCCCUGCCCCCGCUGUUCGCAGAGAUCUUCGACAUCACCAAGAACGCGGAGCCGGCCGAGGAGCCCAAGCCCCCCGCCCCCGCCACCCGCAUGCAGCCUGUAUACUCCGGCUGCGAGUAGGCGUCGUCACACAAUUCGUCGCCACAGUGAAUCUCUUUUGUUUCGUUUACCUUUUUCACUGCAAUGAUACCUAUGUGAUUCGUUUUGUUAUCUCUUGUUAAUUUAUAUACUUACCCACUGUACCGGUCUGUAAUAGUUUAUGUUGGAUUGGUGCUAUGGUGGCUUAUUGCGGACUGAUGCGAGGAAGGAAUCGGAACUGAUUUUGCUGUUCCUUUUUUUAUAUUAUAUUUUUUUCGAUUAAGUUCUAGCAAAGACUUUUAUGGCUGUGGAAACUGCUUCCGUCGCGGUGCAAAUUGGUCGGUUAGGAUUUUUUCAUGAAAUUGUAUCUAAAUUCAUCAGGUUUUCAACCUAAUAAAUCGUCAUCAAUAUUUUUGUUACUUACAUCCGAUCAUCUAACUAACCCGAGACUUAUGGAUGUCCCUAGUUUCUGGGCCCCUAUUGAAGCAAAUAAAUACAGUGAAGGUAAACAACGUGACUAUUUUUAGAUCUAUCGGCUAAAAUUUCGACCCACCGACCAUUGGUACCGACGGUUGUAGUUUGAAACAGACGAUUCUGUUUAUUGACAUUUUGAUUUAUAUAGUUUAAGAAGAGUUAGAUUUAUUUAGAUUAUUCCAUUAAGUUUCGAUGAUGGCCGCUGCAAUAGUGUGCUUACAAAUAAAUCAAUAGACAGGUCGGACAUUAUUGCACAAAAAUUUAUGACAAUAGGAGUUCGUUUUUACAGCGGACCGCGCGGUGCGUGGUACGUUCCGGGGGGCACUCUUGACGAAAUAUGAAGUUUCAGAGAGCUACCAUUCAAUAGGUAACCAGACAGAGUCGUGGCUAGACCAAGUAGCGCUCUGAAGCUUCGUUUACGUGACGCUGGAGUGACCUCCUGUGCAUUACCGGUCGGUUAAUUUCCUCUACAGCGACGUGUAUCUGUCAAAAAGCCACGACUUCGACUGCUGACCGAAUUAACCGAUUGAACACAUAUUGGAACGGCCAUAAUGGUAAGUUGGUACAGGCAGGACUUAGGUAUUGUAGGAAUAAGUUUUUUUUAGUAUAAAUAUAUUUUAAUUUGCAUCGUGCAUGAACCAAAUCAAAUACUUGCAAAUUAAUUCAGAAAGAAAUGCAUUUAUUAAAUUGAUUUAUAAUUUAACUAAUAUGCAUUAUUGAUUAUUCAGUUUGUAUCGAUCCUGGCUGUACCAACAGGUUGGUAGAAGAGAUCGGUGCCUAGGCUUAGCGCAAUUGUACCAACAUUUUAGGUUCUGUCUGCGCUAGACCUAUGCUCAGGUCCAAAUUAUUUUACUGACUACCAAACCAAGUACUGUUUAUGUUUGGAAUAUUUUUUUAAGUCUGAAUUUAUUUAAGUUAGGUGCUUGCCUAUCGCAUUUUUUUGUUAUUGGUUGUACCUAAUACUUGUAAUAGUUCUAUACUGGGUACUUUACUGUUGAUUUUUAUAGUUUUUUUACCUACUUUGGUAUUUAGUUUAUAACUGUUUUUCCUGACGGAUAAUAAAAUUGGUACAGAAGUGAUUUGUUGAUUCACCAAUAAUAGUAUUGUUUGUAUCGUUUGCCCUCGACAUGGCCGACUGGCCGCCCGACGCCCCAUGCAACUAGUCACAUGGUUAAAUUAGUCCCUACUACAUAAUAAAUUAAUCUAUAAACGGAAGGGCUCUAGCUACAAAAAACAGGUUAAUUAUUUCAUCCGAACAUUAAGUAGUUUAUUAGUAAAAUUGCUAAGUUCUUGUUAUACUACCUACAAACUGCAUUUAUCUAAUAAUAUUUUUAAUCCGUAAUUGAAAUAGUUUAAUAUGUCGAGUGUCUGGUUCAUUAUAUUAUAAUGUAGUUAGAUAACUUCAUAGGUACUAUUUAGUUCUAAAACACAGAAAUUUUCUGCUAAAUGUAUACCUACCGACGUCGUAAAAUAGUUUAGAUACCUAUUAUAUCUAAAUACUUACUCGGCUGUAAUGCCGUCAUAGCGAAUUUAUUUAAACAUAAUUAAAUAGAAACUCUGUAUUUUAAAAUAAAUAUCACAAGUAGCUAUCUACUUCAUUUCACGGUACCUACGAAA